AUGGAAAUUGACGGAGUUGUGUAUGGCGAUGGCAAUGAACAAGAAGAGAAAAAAAUUUCUGGCCUUUUUGAUAUAGACAAUCAUCAAGAUUGCCCUUGCUAUGCAUAUUAUACAGAGAGUACUUUAAUAUUCGAAUUUGCUGCAGAAUUGUUUGAUAAAAAACCACUUUAUCAUAUUAAUUUACUUGGAAUAAUUGAUUCUUCAAUCAUACCACACUUUUCUCAUCAAAAUGUCCAGAAUAUUGAAGAAAUUGAAGCUGAUUAUGCGGCUGCGAUUCUAAUCAUUGAUUUCUUAGAAGAUAUUCAUGAUAAGAAGUCCCUCAAAACCGCAUGUUUUACAGGAAUGAGAAAAGAUUUAAUCAAUUUACGUGAAGGAUUUAUUUUGAUUUCAGAUUUGAUUCAGAAGAGCUUCAAUUACCGCAUUCCAGAUAUAUCAUCAAUGAAUGCAUCUAAUAAGAACAAUGAUUUCAAGAAAAAGCAAUAUAAUACUUUUCGCUUAAUUGGACGAUCAAUGAUCUUCAAUACAUACGAAAUUGAUAUUAUUCGCUAUGCAUUACCAUAUCGCGAACGAUUUUGCACUUGGAAGCUUCUUUAUUCAGCGAAUGAAGAUGGUGUUUCAUUAACAUCUCUUUUUUCCAAAGCAAGGAAGAAACUCCAUUUAAUGCUAUUCCUUAUUGCUGAUGACCAAACAAAAUAUGGCGCUUUUCUGACUCAAGGAUUGAAAAUUGAAAAUGAAUAUUAUGGAAGCGGUGAAAUGUUCGUUUUCACAGCAAAACCAUACUUAACACUUUACAAAUGGUCAGGAAAGAACUAUAAUUUUACAACAGCAACAAAAACAGGAAUCAGCAUUGGUACAGGACCAAAUGGAGCUGCAAUCUUCAUUGGCGAAGCAUUAGAGUAUGGAUUCUCCGACCCUUCAACGACAUUUGACUCUCCAUCACUUACCACAGCUCCAAAAGUCAAGAUUCUUAAUGCAGAACUCUGGGAAGUUAGGAAUCAAAAUAUUCAAGCGGAGAAUUUGUAA